AUUGAAUUAGAGUAAAGAGUACAAGGAUCUGAUGAAACAGUUGAGCAUUGUGUUUCUGUUUUGCAAAAGUUAUUUACUAGAGUAGAAGGAUAUAAUGAAGCCCAGAAAACUCAGAAGUUUAUCUCAGGACUUACUUGAGAUCUGUACAUAAUGGUACAAUCGACACAUGAUGGAACAUUUCAAAAUGCAAUAGAUAGAGCAAAGAGAUGUAAGAUGACUCUUAUGGCUGGGAAGAAUAAAAACUCUGUUUCAGAAAUCAAGAAUGAAAUUAAAGAAAAAGCAGAAAAUCGAUCUCACUAUAAUGGCAGAAAUAAUAACUCUCAAUGGAAUAGAAAUAAUAACAACAGUAAUAGUAAUAAUGGAAGUGGCAUAAUAAGAACCAGGAGUCCAGGACACAUUAGUAGGACUUGUCCACAAAGAAAUAAUAAUAGAAGUGGUAAUGGUGGUAUAGCUGCAACAGUACUGAAUCAACAAUCUCAGCAACCUCAACUUGCUCAAUCUACUCAACCUUUGAAUGCAAACAGUACAAAUAACUUGAAUUCCAAUAGCAAUGAUUUAAUAGCACUCUUAGUACAGCAAUUGUUGGCCCAAAAGGGUGCCAAUAGCACUAUUUAAACUAGUACCAAGCCACCAAAUGUUAUUACUGAUUUAGUCUGGAGUGAUAACUAACGUCAG